CCAUAGUCAUGGUGUCGUAGAUAGGGGAAGAAGCGACAAUGGCGGCCAAAUCUUUGCCCUUUCGCGUCUGGGCGGCGGACGUCUCAGAAUACGGUGCAGUCUCUGUGAAAGAUGUCGUUGAGGAGCUUCUCCCAGAAAACGAAUGGCAAAUGGUGCUACGAUUUGUUCGGCCCAUCGAUCAGAUUCGCGCCCUGGCAGGAAAGCUUCUAACCAGGCUGGUACUUUCAAAAGAGCAUGGCUGCCAAUGGGACGACGUUCGCAUAGCGACGACACCCGAACGCCGGCCUUUUCUUGCACACCCGUCGCCCAACUUCGACUUUAAUCUAACCCAUGACGGCGACUGGGUCGCCAUUGCCUUCACGCCUGCCACAGCUGCGCCCUUUCCAUCUUCGGGCCAGAACACACAACUGGGGAUUGAUGUCAUGGAAAUUGCAUUACCGCAUUAUGAGUCCUCCGUUCUGGACUUUGUCAAGACAAUGGAGAUGACCAUGACGAACGCCGAGACAAGCUGGGUCCGUAAUGUUGCGCUAUCGGAAUCCUCUCCAUCAGACACCGACCGUGAACGGCUGCGGCGCCUCUUUGCCCUCUGGACGCACAAGGAAGCUUACACAAAAGCCUUAGGCCUUGGCAUGGGUUUCGACUUUCGCAAUGUCGAGCUCCGUUUCUGGGAUGUUGACCGCAACCUUCUCCACGUCAAUGGGCAGCUGAAGGACGAUGCGUAUUCAUUCAUGUCACUAGACCUGCCAUGCGGCGGCCGCCAUAAUCUGGGUGAGAAUACGAGCGGGCCCUUGAAGGGAGCAGGGACCGGUCAGGGCUCUCAGCUCGUCGUUGCAUAUCCGACGGCUCAGCAGCGGCCUGUGCCUAUGACGUACAAAGAGGCAAAAGAAAGCAGCCUUCUUCACAUCUGGAAUAUGCACGACCUCGUCGAAGCUUCGAAACAUGCAAAAAAUCGAUAGCAU